GGGGCCCCCCGGGCAAUAGCAAAUCAUGGGGCCCCUGUGUCCUCGCCAACACUCAAACCACACCCAAAAAAGCCUAUUAAAGGUACCAGGGGCAUCUCAUGGGGCCCCCUACUGACCCGGGUCCUCGGGCAGCGCCCGAGUUUCCAAAUGGUCAGUCCGCCCCUGCUCCUAACCAUUCUGCAAUAACACUCUAAAAAGACAAAAGUGACUGGUGGCCAAUAUUCUAUCAUUUUAGUCUUGGACCUGUGGGGAAAUGCAAGCCUGCCCUCUGCCUCUGGAGAUGCAAUCCUGUCUUUGGGGUGUUGGGGGGGAGGUUGCUACACUGA